AUCACGAGUCGCAAGGAAUCAGUCAGCAAGGUGGAAGAACUCAAGACAGAGAGCCGUCGCAGUUCGCUUAUUAAGACUGAAGAAAAGAUAAUGGAUGAUGGCACUGCGACACCACGACGUCUUUCUAUACAGAAGACCGAAGAAGUCAAAGUAGAAAGCAGACGAUCUUCUAUCAUAGAAAAGAAGAAAACGACCGAAAAGAAGGAAGAAGAGAUCACCAGGAAAAGUCUAAAGUCCGUCAAGCAACAAGAGGAGGAGAAAAAAACUCAAGAAAAGGUCGAGCUUAAGCCGAAGGACGCCACCCAGACCAAACCGAAAUCCCGUUUACCACCGAAACAGGAAGUAAAAACCGAAAGCUUUCAGGGGAUUCAGCUUAAGCCGGUUACGAAGGAUCCGAAACAGCCUCAGCAGGCUGAAAAUGGCAAGGUGGAACUCAAGAAAACUGAGAAAGGGGAGAAGCUCGAUGCGAAGAAAGCGAAGGCAGCGAAGGCGGCGAAGGAAGCGAGUUACGAGCUCCCGGAGAUUCCGGAUUACGAAAGGGCUGUUCUGGAGAAACCUCAAGAAUUCGAAUUCGGCGAACAUGUUCGUCGUGAUAAGACGAAACUCGAGAGACCGGUUACGCAGAAAUUCGAUUCUAAGCCGAAGUUACCGGAGAUUAAAGCGCCUGAAACACCCAAGAUCGAAGUUAUCAGGGACGUGACACCGGUCGGCAGCAGAAAGGGCUCUUUAGCACCCGGAAGCGGUACCAGCAGUCGACGUGGUUCGCUCAUACCGCCCGAGGAAUUGGGUCGUAGGCCCAGCUUGAUCAUUAGUGACGAGGAGCAUAGGAAGCUUCGUCCCGGCGAGGUGGUGGACGAGCGCAAGUUGGGAAAGUUACGGCCCGGUGAGGUGUUGGACAUAAAGACUAAGCUCGGCCGACCAGGCGCGCUGCAAGAAAAAGAGCGUCGUCGUCCGAGCACAGCGGACGUCAGAAGACCCAGCGUGGCGGACCUCGAGGCUAUGAUCAAUUUACCUAGCACACCUCUGCGAGAUGUUGGACCAGGUGGACCACCCCAAAUCGUCGAUGUUCAGGAGUCGUACUCCGCCGUCGAAGACUCGACGGCGUAUCUCACCGUUGCGGUGGAGGGCAACCCCGCGCCAACUUUCAAAUUCUACAAGGGUAUCACCGAGAUCAUCGAGGGUGGCCGCUUCAAGUUCCUCACGGACUCAGAGACCAACACGAUCACCCUCUGCAUGAGGAAGACGAAGCCCAACGACGAGGGCACUUACAAGAUCGUCGUGAGCAACAUCCAUGGCGAAGAUUCCGCUGAGAUGCAGCUCUACGUUUCCGACGCCAGUGGUAUGGACUUCCGUGCUAUGUUAAAGAAGAGGAAAUACCAGAAAUGGGCGCGAGAAGAGGCCGAGCAAGAAAAGGUAGACUUGAAGGAAGUCGAGAAGCCCAUGCCGGCGUUGAAGAAAGUGGAAAAGAAACAAGAAAGUUUCCUGAAGCCACUGGUGGAUCAAUACGCCAAGGAAGGCAAAGACAAGAAGGUCAUGUUUGAAGCGAACUUUUCGAAACCGAACUGCAAGCCGAAAUGGUUCUUCCGAAAGGACGAAUUAUUCCCCUCGGCGAAAUACAAAUUCAAAAACGAGGAGGACUGCUAUCAACUCAUUAUCACUGGACCCAAAGUCGAAGACACUGGAAAAUAUACGAUCGAAAUUGCCGGCGUAUCCAGCACAGGUUUCCUCAAUGUAGACGAGCCUGAUCCAUCGUACAACUUCCUGAAGCCGUUGUCGAAGAAGACCAGCGGCUUUACAAAGCACGAAGCUUACAUGGAAUGUACAGUCAGCUCUAACAUGGCGCAAGUUUCCUGGUACAAAGGGAAAACGAAACUCGAGGACGGAGAUCAAUACAGUAUUUCCAAAGACAUGACCGGCGUGUGCCGGCUGGCGAUCAGGAGCGCAACUCUCGAAGAUAGUGGCGAAUACACUUGCAAGAUAAACAAGCAGACGGACAAGACCGAAACUAUCCUCACCAUAGUCGAAUAUCCUUACAAGUUCGUCAAAGUACUAAAACAUCAGCAGUUGAUAGAAAAAGAAACCUUGACUUUGCUUUGUGAAUUGGAUGAUGCCGCGGGUGAAGUCCAAUGGUUCAAGGGUGACCAAGCGAUUACGCCUGAUAAAAGGGUGCAAAUCAAGGAAGAAGGCAGAAAACGAAAGCUCAUUAUUAAAGACAGUAAAGUCACUGACGCUGGACUCUAUUCUUGUGUGAGUAACGCGGACAAGACCGAAGCUGAAAUUGUGAUAAACUAUGCCAAUCGUUUCAACAAGAAGCUGAAGGAUACCGUUGCGGUGGAGAGAGAGAAGCUGGUGCUGGACGUCGAGCUUCAAGAUCAGACCGCGCCGGCUGUAUUCUACUUCAACGGCGAGAAGAUCGAGCCCAAUGAGAGAGUGGAGAUCAAGAAUCUGGGCGGCGGCAAGCACCAGUUGGUCUUUAAUAGGUUGGAAAUGACGGACGAUGGUGAGAUCAUGUGCGAGAGCGGUCAGUUAACAAGCAGUUGCAAGCUCACUGUGAAGAAGGGCGAGAGCAAGCCGAUCGUCGACUUCCCCGACAAAGUCGAAGGACCCUGCAGCGCUCCAUUAGUCUUUGUCGUGCCUUUCAAAGUUGAUGGCACCAAGCAGAGUCAAGUGGAAGCGAAACUGAUGAAGGACGGCAAACCUCUACCUCUCAAGGACGUUGAAAUCAUUGUUGGCGAAGAUAAAGUCACAUAUAAGAUUAAGAAACCUCAACGCGAAUCGUCUGGUGUCUACCAGAUCAAGAUCGGUAAUAACCAGGGUGAAGAAGUGAAGGAUGUCAAUAUAGUUAUGCAAGACGUCCCAUCUGCGCCAUACGACGUCGAAGUCAACGAAAUCUUUCAGAAUUCUUGCGUCGUGUCCUUCAAACCGUCAAAGGAUGACGGCGGCGCCCCCAUCACGAAGUACGUUAUCGAGCGCCUCGAUCUUAGCUUGAAGGCUCAAUGGGACAGCGUGGGUGAAGUCAUGCCGGGCGAGAAAUGCGUCUACAAAGUCGAAGAUCUAGUUGCAAAGAAGGAGUACAAGUUCCGCAUACGAGCCGUGAAUAAACUCGGUUCCAGCGAACCGGCAUUGUUCGGCAAGCCCGUCUUAGCCAAGGAUCCAUGGGACGAACCGGGCAAACCCACGAACGUCGACGUAACCGAUUGGGACAAGGAUCACGCUGAUCUGACAUGGACGAAGCCCGAAAACGACGGCGGUGCACCGAUCACUGGCUAUAUAAUUGAAUACAAAGAGAAGUUUGGCAAAGAAUGGGUAACAGGCAAGGAAAUCGAGGGCGACGUGACUCAGGCGACUAUAGACGGACUCAAGGAAGGCACGCAAUACGAGUUCAGGAUACGAGCGGUGAACAAGGCAGGUCCAGGUGAACCGUCUGACGCCACAAAGCCGAUUAUCGCCAAGAGUCGAUUUGUUAAGCCGUACAUCAUUGGCGAUGGCCUCACGAACUUGGUCGUCAAAAAGGGCCAAGUCGUCAAGUACGACAUUAAGUAUGCUGGCGAGCCGGAACCGGAGGUGCACUGGUUCCUGGGCCAAAAGGAGAUUAUCCAAGACGCGGCCGAAAGAGUCACGAUCGACAAAUACGAGAGAAAUACUGUGCUCACAGUCAGGAAAACCGUCAGAUCCGAUUCCGGAAAAUAUAAAUUGGUGUUGACGAACAGUUCCGGCACCUGCGAGAGCGUCGCCGAUGUCGUAGUUCUUGACAAGCCGUCGAUUCCGCAAGGACCUCUCAAAGUGGAGGAAGUUCGUUCCGAUCACGUUAAAGUCAAGUGGGACACGCCGGAGGACAAUGGCGGUACCGAUAUCACGGGCUAUGUAUUGGAAAAGAUGGAUCUCGAUACUGGACGAUGGAUUCCAGCCGGAGAAACUAGCCCUAACGAAAGGGUUUUCACGUUCACUGGCUUAACGCCCAAAAAGAAAUAUAAGUUCCGAGUCAAGGCAGUUAAUAAGGAGGGUGAAUCCGAACCUUUGGAGGUCGAGGAAGCUAUCCUCGCUAAGAAUCCUUACGAUGAGCCUGGUAAGCCUGGCAAGCCGCAGAUCUUUGACUAUGAUAACGUCAGUGUAUCUUUGAAAUGGGAGAAACCAAAGAGCGACGGUGGUAGACCGAUCACUCAUUACACCGUCGAGAUAAAGGACAAAUUCGCCGUCGAUUGGGUCGAGGUAAUGAAGACCACCGACUCGACACCCGAGGCUAAAGUUGAAGGCCUUAAAGAAAAGAUGGUAUAUCAAUUCCGCGUACGCGCUCACAACAAGGCUGGUUCUAGCGAGCCCAGCGAGCCCACGGACAAUCAUCUCUGCAAACACAGGAAUUUGAGACCGAGAAUCGACCGAACCAAUUUCAAAUCAGUCAUCAUCAAAGCUGGUCGCACCCAUAAGUGGUCUGUGGAUGUAUCUGGUGAACCUCCGCCGGAGACCAAAUGGAUCUGGAGAGAUAACAUCCCAUUGACUACCACCGAGCGCAUUAAGAUCGACAAUGUCGAGUAUCACACGGACUUCACGAUCGUGAAUGCGAUGCGUAAGGAUACCGGAAAGUACACGUUGAUUGCUGAGAAUGCUAAUGGCAAAGACGAAGAGACCGUCGAACUUACGGUGCUUGGAAAACCGGAUGCUCCCAAAGGACCUCUCGUAGUCAGCGAUGUCACCAAUACUUCGGCCAAGGUGAAAUGGGAGAAACCGGAAGACGAUGGUGGUGUGCCGAUCAAAGAGUACGAAAUCGAGAAGAUGGACACGAAGACCGGUAAAUGGGUCAGGGUCGGCAAAGUGCCUGGAAACUCGCCAAACACCGAAUUUGAAGUAACUGGCUUGAAUCCUGGAAGCGAAUACAAGUUCCGCGUGACAGCUGUCAAUGACGAGGGUGAUUCGGAGCCUCUGGAAAGCGAACGCGGCGUUGUUGCCAAGAAUCCAUACGACGAACCUUUGAAGCCUGGAACGCCCGAAAUCACCGAUUACGAUAACGAAUCAGUAAGCUUGAAAUGGGCUCCGCCAGAAUUUGACGGAGGAGCGCCGAUCGAGAAAUACAUUAUCGAGAAAAAAGAUCGGUACAAGCCCGAUUGGGAAAAGGCUAUCGAAGUCCCGGGGGAUCAACUUGAGGGCAAAGUACCCGAUCUGAAGGAAAGGGGUGAGUACCAGUUCCGAGUUAUCGCCGUGAACAAAGCUGGACCUUCGCCUCCAUCAGACGCAUCGAAGAUGCAGAUUUGCAAGCACAAAGCUCUGAAGCCGAGAAUCGACAGGACGAACUUGAAACCAAUCACCGUGCGAGCCGGCAAAACUAUCAAAUACGAUGUGGAUGUGCAUGGUGAACCACCGCCGGAGAUCAAAUGGUAUCACGCUGGCAGCGAAGUAAAAUCCGGUGAAAACAUCGAGAUAGUCAACGUUGACUACAACACGAAGUUUACCAUCACUGACUGCUUACGCAAGAACACCGGCGUGUGGAAGAUCAAGGCUGUCAAUCCUCAUGGCGAGGACGAGGCGGAAGUCGAAGUGACGAUAUUAUCGGCUCCUGGAAAGCCAAAGGGACCGCUCAAAGUGGCGGACGUCACGAAGAACGGCUGCAAGCUCAAAUGGGGUAAACCGGAAGACGAUGGCGGCAAACCGAUUACUGGAUACCAAGUAGAGAAACUGGAUAAAUCGACAGGCAGAUGGGUACCAGUCGGUCGUACCGCGGAUACCGAGAUGGAUGUAAAGGGUAUUCAGGAAGGACACGAGUACGAGUUUAGAGUAAAGGCUUUGAAUGAAGAAGGAGAAUCGGAGCCGCUCGUAUCAGACGGGUCCACACUCGCAAAGAACCCUUACGAUAUCUCAAGCAAGCCUGGAACACCGGAACUCGAAGAUUGGGAUGUUGAUCGCGUCGAUCUUAAGUGGGAACCUCCCAAAGACACUGGCGGUGCACCAAUUACCGGUUACAUUAUUGAAAAGAAAGAAAAACCUUCUUCGCAAUGGGAAGAAGCUCUUGUCACUGACUCGCCACAACCAAAAGGUCGUGUUACCGGUUUGAAGAAGGGUUCCACUUAUCAAUUUCGUGUUCGUGCUGUUAAUAAAGCUGGACCAUCGGAACCCAGCGACCCAACUAAGCCGCACGUUGCAAAAGCAAGAUUCCUAAAACCACACAUCAAUCGUGAUAAGCUGCAAACCAUCAAAGUAAGAGCAGGUCAACUGGUGAAGCUGGAAGUCGAUGUUGAAGGUGAACCUCCUCCAACAGUUACAUGGAGUUUCGCUGGUGCACCACUCCAAACUGGAGCUAAUGUUAAAAUUGAUAACGAAGACUACCUCACUAAGAUCCAAUUAACAAAUACCAGUCGGAAGUUAACUGGCAAAUAUACAAUCAAGGCUGUGAACGAUUCCGGACAAGAUGAAGCCGAUGUGGAGAUUAAUAUUCUUGACAAGCCUGGAAAGCCGGAGGGACCGUUGGAAGUGACCGAUGUGCACAAAGAGGGCUGCAAAUUGAAAUGGAGCAAGCCAAAGGACGACGGUGGACUUCCCUUGUCCAGUUACAUAGUAGAAAAGAUGGAUGUGACGACAGGUCGUUGGGUACCGGCCGGCAUCGUGGACCCUGACAAAACUGAACACGCAGUUACAGGUUUGGAGCCCGGCCACAAGUAUGAAUUCCGUGUGAAGGCUGUGAACGAAGAGGGAGAAUCGGAACCUCUGCAAACCGACGUUGCCAUCGUAGCUAAGAAUCCAUACGAUGCUCCAGCGGCACCUGGUCUUCCAGAGAUUGUCGAUUGGUCGGAGAACAUGGUGAAACUGAAGUGGGAGCCGCCGAUAAGAGACGGCGGUGCACCAAUUACCGGAUAUAUCAUCGAGAUGAAGGAUAAAUUCGGUACUAAUUUCGUCAAGGCUGCUGAAGUGCAAGGGCCCGUAUGUACUGGCACAGUUCCACGUUUAGAAGAAGGCAAUCAGUAUCAAUUCAGAGUACGCGCCGUCAAUAAAGCUGGCCCUGGUGAACCUAGCGAGGCCACCAAUCCGCACACCGCUAAAGCUCGUUGGCUGAAACCAUAUAUCGAUCGCACGAAUUUGCAACCUAUAACGGUAAAAGUCGGCCUUACCGUAACCCUGGACGUAAACAUAAUUGGCGAACCGCCACCAAAAGUCACUUGGACCUUUAAGGAUAAAGAACUCGUGUCGGAUGACACGAUACGAAUCGACAAUGUUGAUUACAACACAAAAUUCUUUAUUUUAAAGACUAAACGUGCGCACACUGGCAAAUACGUGAUUACCGCGAAGAACGAAGUCGGCGAGGAUACCGCCGAGGUAGAAAUUACCGUUCUUGGCAAGCCCAGCAAACCAAAGGGUCCUUUGGAAGUGAGCGAUGUUAACAAACACGGCUGUAAACUUAAAUGGGACAAACCCGAGGAUGAUGGUGGUUCACCGGUCGAGUACUACGAGAUCGAGAAGUUGGAUCCUCUUACAGGGCAAUGGGUACCUUGCGGUCGUAGCACCGAACCCGAAGCGACUAUCACAGGAUUGCAGGAGGGCAAACCGUACAAAUUCCGCGUAAAGGCCGUCAACAGGGAAGGAGAAUCCGAUGAUCUGGAAGCGGACAAGUCUAUCAUAGCCAAGAAUCCAUUCGACGAACCGGGCAAGCCCGGUCGUCCGGAGCUGAAGAACUGGGACAAGGAUUUCGUCGAUCUCGAGUGGACUCCGCCCAAGGACGACGGCGGUGCGCCGAUCGAAAAAUACAUCGUGCAAAUGCGAGACAAAGAGGGUAGACAGUGGGUGGACGUCGCUAAAGUUCCGGGAGAUCGAACGGCCGCUAAAGUGACCGACGGUAUCCAGGAGGGUCACGAAUACGAAUUCAGGAUUGUGGCGGUCAAUAAAGCUGGACCUGGCGAACCUAGCGAUACUUCCAAGAGCGUUGUGGCCAAGCCUCGAUUCUUGGCACCGCAUAUCGAUCGUAAAAAUCUCCACAAGAAAGUCAUGCGAAUUGGCCAGAUGCUGCGACUUGAGGCCGACAUCAAAGGUGAACCGCCACCAGUUGUCACGUGGAAACUCAAGGACACGGUGCUGAAGAGCAUGGAUCGACUCAAGAUUGAGAACGAGGAUUAUCAUACCAUGUUCAUCAUCAAUAAACUUCAGCGUUCGGACGCGGGCACGUAUACCGUCAUCGCCAAGAAUGACAGCGGCACCGAUCAGGUCGACAUCGAGCUUCAGGUUCUGAGCAAGCCUGGCAAACCGAAAGGUCCGCUCGAGGUGUCCGACGUCACGGCCGAGGGGUGCAAGCUGAAAUGGGAUAAACCCGACGACGACGGUGGCGAACCAGUUGACCAUUACGUCAUCGAAAGGAUGGAUGUGGAUACCGGACGUUGGGUACCGUGCGGUACCAGCAAAACUCCAGAGGCAGACGUGUCUGGUCUAAACGAGGGCAAGGAUUACCAAUUCCGUGUCAAAGCUGUCAACUCGGAGGGCGAAUCCGAACCUCUGGAAACGUCCAUACCAACGACCGCCAAGAAUCCUUAUUCUGAACCCGAUGCGCCCAGCAAACCCGAGUUGAAAGACUGGUCGAAGAAUCAUGUGGAUUUGAAAUGGAAAGCCCCGAAGAAUGAUGGCGGUGCUCCCAUUGAGAAAUAUAUCAUUGAGAAGAAGGACCAGUACGGCAAGUGGCAGAAAGCCGCGGAAGUUCCGGGCAACAAAACUGAAGCCAAAGUGCCGGAUCUUGUGGAGGGUCAGAAAUAUCAAUUCCGGGUUAAGGCCGUGAACAAGGGUGGCCAGAGCAAGCCCAGCGAGCCCAGCGAGACCCUGACCGCCAAGGAUCGUUACGCCGCGCCCAAGAUCGAUCGCACGAACCUGAAGGAUAUCACAAUCAAGGCAGGCAAUGUCAUUCGACUGGACGUGAAAGUUACGGGUGAACCGCCUCCAAGCAAGACCUGGUUCCUGAACAAGGCCAAGCAGGAAUCCAGCGGAGUUCUGACCAUCGAAACGGAGGACUACAAGACCAAGUUCGUUGUGUCGUCGGCGACCAGGGCGCAUUGCGGCACGCUGACUUUGAAAGCGGAGAACAGCUCCGGCAAAGAUGAGGCGUCCAUCGAGAUAUUAGUGCUGGAUAAACCUAGCAAGCCCGAAGGACCGCUAAAGGUUUCCGACGUGCACAAGGAGGGCUGUACUCUCAAGUGGAACCCGCCGGCGGAUGACGGUGGUGCGCCUUUGGAUCAUUACGUGGUCGAGAAGAUGGACACGGAGACCGGCAGAUGGAUACCGGUUGCACGCACCAAGGAACCCACGAUGGCGGUGGAGAACCUGGUGCCCGGGCAGGAAUACAAGUUCCGAGUCGCGGCUGUAAACGCGGAAGGCGAAUCCGAACCGUUAGAGACCGAAUACGGAAUCGUCGCCAAGAAUCCAUUCGAUGAACCUGGCGCACCAGGACGUCCGGAGGCGACCGACUGGGACAAGGAUCACGUGGAUCUACGAUGGACUCCGCCGUUAAAGGACGGCGGAUCUCCAAUCACCGGAUACGUGAUUGAGAAGCGGGAGAAGGGCGCGCCCAAGUGGAUCAAGGCGUGUGAGACUGGACCGGAUUGCAAGGGCCGCGUCGACAAUCUCGACGAGGGUGUCGAAUACGAAUUCAGGGUCAAGGCCGUCAACGCCGCCGGUCCCGGUGAACCGUCCGAUGCCAGCAAACCGAUUACCGCCAAGAGUCGAAGACUCCCGCCGAAGAUCGACAGACGAAAUCUGCACGAUAUAACCGUGCGCGAGAACGAAGCGUUCCACUUUGACGUUAAAAUUAUCGGCGAACCACCGCCAGACGUCACGUGGGUGAUCAACAAUAAGAGUAUUCAGCAGACCACGCAUCGCAGAAUACAGAAUGUGCCUUACAACAGCAAGUUCUUUAACGACAAGCCCGAACGCAAGGAUAGCGGCACUUACAAGAUCACAGCGGUCAAUCAGCAUGGAUCCGACACCGCCGAAGUCGAAGUCACAGUUGUCUCCAAGCCCGGCAAACCGGAAGGACCGUUGGAGGUAUCAGACGUGCACAAAGAAGGGUGCACGCUCAAAUGGAAGAAACCCAAGGACGACGGUGGAGAACCGAUCGAGGGAUACCUCGUGGAGAAGUUCGAUCCGGAGACCGGUGUCUGGCUACCAGUCGGUAAAACUACUGGACCCGAGAUGAAGGUCGAAGGGCUUACACCUGGACACGAGUACAAGUUCCGAGUCAAGGCACUCAACAAGGAAGGAGAGUCUGAACCGUUGGAGACCUUUAGCUCCAUCGUAGCGAAAGAUCCGUUCACUGUACCAACCGCACCUGGAGCACCAGAGCCGGUCGAUUGGACGGCUAAUCAGGUUGAACUCGCCUGGAAAGAGCCCGUCAGCGACGGUGGAUCACCUAUCACGGGCUACAUCAUCGAGAAAAAAGACAAAUACAGCACUAUGUGGGAGAAGGCUUUGGAGACGGAGACACCGGUCACCAAAGCUCUGGUGCACGGUUUAAUAGAAGGCAACGAUUACCAAUUCCGCGUGAUCGCCGUAAACAAGGCUGGUCUGUCGGAGCCCGGCGAAGCCAGUAAGACGUUUACUGCUAAGCCACGUUUCUUGGCCCCGAAGAUUGACAGGCGCAAUCUGAGGGACGUUACCCUGUCCGCUGGCUCAAUGUUGAAAUUCGAUGCCAACGUGAUCGGCGAGCCGCCGCCGCACAUCGAAUGGCGUUACGGCGCGAUACCGCUUCAUUCCGAUCGCAAGGUGCAGAUCGACAACACCGACUACAAUACCAAGUUCAGCAUACGUCCUGUAUCGCGGGACGACAGUGGCGAUUACACCGUCACCGCCAGCAAUUCGUCGGGCAAGGACUCGGUGACGGUGCAGGUGACGGUGACGGACAAGCCGACGCCGCCUGAGGGACCGCUUCAGGUAUCGGAUGUGCACAAGGAAGGAUGCAAGUUGAAAUGGAAGAGACCUAAGGACGACGGCGGCACGCCCAUCGAGUACUAUCAAGUGGACAAGAUGGACCCGGAGACCGGAUGCUGGGUACCCUGCGGACGUUCCACCGAACCGAAUAUCGAGGUGACGGGUCUAACACCUGGCAAGGAGUACCUUUUCCGAGUGGCCGCGGUCAAUGCCGAGGGCGAAUCAAAGCCCUUGGAAGCGGAGCAAACGAUAGUAGCCAAGAAUCCAUUCGAUGAACCAGGCAAACCGGGUGAUCUCCGAGCCACCGACUGGGAUAAGGAUCAUGUCGAUCUCAAGUGGACCCCGCCGGAGAACGACGGCGGUUCACCGAUCACCGGUUAUGUAAUUGAGAAAAAAGACAAGUACGGCGAAUGGGAGAAGGCACUGGAGGUGCCGGCGGACGAGACGUCUGCUACCGUACCCGAUCUCAUUGAAGGCCAGCCGUACGAAUUCCGCGUGCGCGCCGUGAACAAGGCUGGUCCUGGUGAACCGUCGGACGCCACGCCGACCAUCAUCGCCAAACCGCGCAAUCUGGCGCCCAGAAUCGAUCGUACCAAUCUGAUUGAGGUGAAGAUCAAGGCCGGCCAGAACUUCAACUUCGACUGCAAGGUAACGGGCGAACCGCCGCCGACUACCAAAUGGAUGCUGAACGGCAAGGAAGUCCGGCCGACCGAUCGUGUCAAAGUCAAGCACGUGGACUACAACACCAGCCUGAACGUGCGGAUGGCGACGCGUGCAGAAUCCGGCAAAUACACCGUCAUUGCCGAGAAUAUUAACGGCCGAGAUGAGGCGUUCGUCAAGGUGACCGUGCUGGACAAGCCGAGCCCGCCUCAAGGUCCGCUUCGCGCGACCGACGUGCACGCCGAGGGCUGCAAACUCACGUGGAAGCCGCCCGAGGACGAUGGCGGGCAGCCGGUUGAUAAAUAUGUCGUGGAAAAGAUGGACGAGGCUACGGGACGUUGGGUGCCGGCCGGAGAGACUGACGGACCGGAAACGAGCCUGCAGGUGGAGGGUCUGACGCCAGGGCACAAGUACAAGUUUAGAGUGAGAGCAGUCAACAAGCAGGGCAAAUCCGAGCCGCUCACCGCCAUGCAAGGCAUCGAAGCGAAGAAUCCUUUCGACGAACCAGGAAAGCCAGGUACGCCCGAGGUGGUUGAUUAUGACAGAGACUUCGUCGAACUUCAAUGGAGCCGUCCUGAGGAAGACGGUGGAUCACCGAUCACUGGUUACAUCAUAGAAAAACGUGACAAGUACAGUCCAACCUGGGAGAAAUGUGCGGAAGUCGACGGUGACACGAAUCGCGGCAGAGUUAAUGAUCUGGUCGAGGGAACUCCAUAUGAAUUCCGCAUAAGAGCUGUCAACAAGGCUGGUCCCGGCGAACCGUCGGAGGCGUCCAAGUCCCAUGUGGCGCGACCUAAGAACCUUCCACCGAAGAUCGACAGGAAGUACAUGCUGGACGUGAAAGUGCGCGCCGGCGGUUUCUUCGACUUCGACGUGCCGGUGAUCGGCGAGCCGCCGCCAAGCAAGGAAUGGUCGCUGAAGGACACCACCGUGAUGGCAAGCGAUCGUAUCAAAAUCAUCAACGAGGAUUAUAACACCAAGGUGCGCGUGAUGGAGGCAAAACGUUCUGAUUCCGGCGUCUACACUCUUGUGGCCAAGAACGUGAACGGUAAGGACUCUGCCACGUUGACAGUGAACGUGAUGGACGUACCCUCGCCACCGGAGGGUCCGCUGAAGAUCGACAACGUCACUAAAAACGGAUGCACCCUGAAGUGGCGGCCGCCCAAGGACGACGGCGGUUCCGAGAUCCAAUACUAUCAGGUCGAGAAAAUGGACACGGAGAACAUGCGCUGGGUGCCCGUGGCUGAGGCUAACACCACCUCAGCGCAGGUGGGCCACCUGAUCGAGGGACACGACUAUCAGUUCCGCGUACGAGCGGUCAACAAGCAGGGCGAGUCCCAGCCGCUGACGGGAAUGGACACUAUCACUGCCAAGGAUCCGUUCGCCAAGCCGGACAAGCCCGGCGCGCCAGUCGCCACCGACUGGGACAAGGAUCACGUGGAUCUCGAAUGGACACCACCCAAGAAAGACGGCGGAUCGCCCAUAACUGGUUACAUCAUCGAGAAACGACCUCGUUUCGGACAGUGGGAGAAAGCCGCCGAGGUACCCGGGAACAAGACCAACGCCAGAGUGCCUGAUUUGACCGAGGGUCAGGAAUACGAGUUCAGAGUCAUCGCUGUCAACAAGGGCGGACCUGGUGAACCGUCCGAGGCGUCGGCACCGGUCGUUGCCAAGCCUCGUUUCAUUGCUCCUUCGUUUGACACGCACUUGCUGAACGACUUGGUGGUUCGUGCCGGUCAAAAGAUCAGCUACAAUAUUCCUAUCGUAGCAUCACCUAAACCGAAGGCAACAUGGAAUCGCGAUGGUGUUCAGAUUGUGGCUGAUGCUCGUCAUGAAAUGUAUACUACUAACACUGAAACUUCCUUUGAGAUUCCAUUCUCUGUCCGCGGUGAUACUGGACGUUACACUCUAACUUUGGAGAACGAGCAUGGUAGCUUCAGCGCCAGCGCGAGGGUCACUGUCCUCGACAGACCGGCACCACCGGAGAAGCCUUUGGAUGUCAGCAAUGUCACCAAAGAGGGUUGUCAUUUGACAUGGGGACAUCCUCUCGACGAUGGUGGCAGUCCCAUAUUGCACUAUGUUAUUGAGAAGAUGGACUUGUCCCGUGGAACUUGGUCCGACGCCGGUAUGAGCAUGGUGUUGAGUCACGAGGUCAGCCGUCUAAUUCAUCGCAAGGAAUAUUUAUUCCGUGUCAAGGCUGUUAACAACAUCGGAGAGUCCGAUCCGCUCGAGAGCACGAGGAGCAUUAUCGCGAAGAACGAGUUUGAUGAACCGGACGCACCUGGCAAACCGCAGAUCACGGACUGGGACAAGGACCACGUGGAUCUGCAGUGGCCAGUGCCGAAGAACGACGGCGGAUCACCGAUCACGGGCUACAUUGUCCAGAAGAAGGAAAAGGGCAGCCCUUAUUGGGUGAACGCGGUACACGUGCCGGCUGGUCAAAACAGCACGACCGUUCCGGAUCUGACGGAAGGCCAGGAGUACGAAUUCCGUGUGAUCGCUGUCAACGCCGCCGGUCAAUCCGAACCGUCGGAGCCCAGCGAUCUUGUCACUGCCAAACCUCGUUACUUGGCCCCGAAGAUCAAGACGCCUCUGCAGGACGUUCGUAUCAAGGCCGGACUUAUCUUCCACGUGGAUAUCGACUUCGUCGGCGAACCGACGCCGGAGGCAACGUGGAGCGUAGGAAGCAACGAAUUGACUUCCAACGACAGGACGACGAUUACAUCGAUCGGCUAUCACACAAUCGUGCACAUCGUCAACGCCAAAAGAUCCGACUCGGGAUUGUACCAUCUGUUGCUGAAGAACAGCAGCGGUAUAGAUGAAGGAAGCUUCCAGCUGACUGUCCUGGAUAAGCCUGGACCGCCGGAAGGUCCCUUGCAGUACGAGGAAAUCACUAAUCAGUCCGUCACGCUCUCGUGGAAGCCACCCAAGGAUAAUGGAGGCAGUGAACUUACUGGAUACGUCAUCGAAAAACGCGAUCUCACGCAUGGUGGCGGCUGGGUACCAGCAGUUACACACGUUAAUCCCAAGUAUAAUCAUGCGACUGUGCCAAGGUUGCUUGAGGGAACUACAUACGAAUUCCGCGUGUCCGCGGAAAAUCUUCAAGGUCGCUCUGAGCCACUGACCACCGAUCGAUCUGUUGUUGCCAAAAAUCAAUUCGUGGUUCCUGGACAACCCGGCAAGCCGGAAUGCGUGGACGCUGACAAAGAUCACAUCAAGAUCAAAUGGACCCCGCCUAUUAGCAACGGCGGCUCCAAGAUCAUCGGCUACGACGUGGAGCGUCGCGAUCGUGCUACAGGUCGCUGGAUAAAGCAGAACAAAGAACCCGUCAGAUAUCCUGAGUAUUACGACGAUCAUGUGACCGAGGGUCAUCAGUAUGAAUAUCGCGUGUCGGCUAUAAAUGCCGCAGGUGCUGGAAAACCGAGCGAGACCUCGUCCGUAUUCACGGCUAAACCUAUGAAGGAGAAGCCGAAGCUUCAUCUGGACGCUCUAAUCGGACGCAAGAUCAAGGUUCGCGCUGGAGAACCGAUUAACGUCAACAUACCGUUGUCCGGCGCGCCCACGCCGAAAAUCGAAUGGAGCAAGGAUGGAAAAUCGCUUAUGGAAACUCUUCGCUUAUCUACCGAGACCAAGAGCGACCGAACGCAGUUGCUGAUCGAGAAGUCCGUGCGAGAUGACGGCGGCAUGUACACCGUGACCGCGACGAACGAGCAUGGAAAGGACUCGGCCGAUAUCGAAGUGAUAGUCGUGGACAAGCCUGGACCACCACAAGGUCCUCUGCAAUACACCGGCACGACGCAGGAGUCUGUCGGGCUGUCCUGGAAUCCACCGGCGGACAACGGCGGAUCCGAUAUUACAAACUACAUCGUCGAGGUUUCGGAUUACGGUUCUGACAAUUGGCGACAAGUGCCUGGAUACGUUCCCAGGACGAGCUUCACGGCGAAGGGCUUGACUGAAGGUAAGAAGUACGUCUUCAGGGUCCGCGCCGAGAACAUGUACGGUGUGUCGGAGCCCUUGGAAGGCAAGCCUGUGAUCGCCAAGAGCCCGUACGAUCCGCCGGAUGCGCCGAGUCAGCCUGAGAUUCUUGGUUACACUCCUAACAGCUGCAGUCUCGCGUGGAAUCCUCCUAUUAAUACUGGAGGAAAGCCUAUUACCGGUUAUUACGUGGAAAGGCGCGAGCGUGGCGGCGAAUGGUUGAAGGUCAACAAUUACCCGACACCGAACACGACGUUCACCGUGCAGGAUCUUCAUGAGGGUUCGCGAUAUGAAUUUAGAGUGAGCGCUGUCAACGAAGCUGGAACUGGCAAACCCAGCAAGCCUACUGAACCGAUCACAGCUGGACAUCAACGCUUGCGUCCUGACGCGCCCGAGCCGCCCAAAGCGGAUAGGAUCACCAAGGAUUCGGUGACCCUGAGCUGGCGACCACCGCGAAGCGACGGUGGCUCGAAGAUUCGAGGAUAUAUCAUCCAGAAGAAGGCUAAGGGUGAUGACGACUGGUCAGAUGUAAACGGCGCGCCCAUACCGAGCAACGUGUACACCGUGCCGAAGUUGAAGGAGGGCGAAGAGUAUCUCUUCAGGGUGUUCGCGGUGAACGAUGUCGGCAGCAGCGACCCGAGCCGACCCAGCAAUCCGAUUGUCAUUGAAGAGCAACCCAACAAACCAGUCAUGGAUCUCGGUGGGGUUCGCGAUAUCACCGUUCGCGCCGGCGAAGACUUCUCCAUUCAUGUGCCUUACAUUGGCUUCCCUAAACCGACCGCCACGUGGUUCGCCAACGACGUCGUCAAGGAUGAAACCGAUCCACGCGUGCAUCAACAGUUGGCCGAUGAUUUUGCCAGCCUGGUAGUGAAGAAUGCGAAACGUUCGGACGGAGGUCAAUACAGACUUCAGCUGCGCAACUCAUCCGGCUUUGACACGGCGACCGUUAACGUCAAGGUCCUCGAUCGUCCUAGUCCACCCGAGAAUCUGCGCGCGGACGAAUUUGGUGGCGACGCUCUCACUCUCUUCUGGAAUCCGCCCAAGGACAACGGCGGUGCUGAUAUCACUAACUACGUGAUUGAGAAGAAGGAACCGAAGGCCGCCACGUGGUCCAAGGUGAGCAGCUACGUUACGACACCGUUUGUGCGAGUCAGAAAUCUGACGGUCGGUCAAGUCUACGAGUUCCGGGUGAUGGCGGAGAACCAGUACGGCACGUCGGACCCAGCGACGACGAUCGAUCCGAUAAAGGCGCGACAUCCGUUUGAUCCGCCGGGUGCACCUGGCACACCUCGCGGCGUGGAGACCACCGAGGACAGCAUCACCAUUACCUGGACCAAGCCUCGUCACGACGGCGGCUCGCCGAUCCUCGGAUACGUCGUCGAGAAGCGUCUUCUCAACGAGGACAAAUGGGUCAAAGCCACUCCGGCUCUGGUGCACGACACUACUUACAAAGUCACUGGACUGAUCGAAAAUCAUGAUUACGAGUUCCGCGUAGCUGCGGAAAAUGCCGCUGGUCGGGGACCAUGGAGCUCCAAUUCCGACGUUAUUCGUGCCAGUGCUCCACCAUUCCCACCGAAGAUCACGAGUGACCUCAGCAUCCGCGAUAUGACCGUGAUUGCCGGAGAACCGUUCACCAUUACGGUGCCGUACACAGCCAAUCCGAAACCGAGACCGAACUGGUCUAUCAACGGCGAGGAAGUUCUCACUGGUGAGAGGAUCAAAUUCGAGACGACUGACGUGGCCUCACAGUUCAUUAACAAGAAGGCAAAGAGAUCGGAUACUGGCACAUACACGAUAUAUCUCACGAACACCGUUGGCACGGACUCCGCCUCGUGCAAAGUCCUUGUUGUCGACAAACCGUCGCCACCUCUGGCGCCUUUGGACAUCUCCGAUAUCACUCCGGAAACCUGCACGCUGACGUGGAAACCGCCCUUCGACGAUGGUGGUUCGCCAAUUACGAAUUAUAUCGUCGAGAAACUGGAUCCGGCCGGCUUCUGGGUAAAGCUCAGCAGCUUCGCGAGGAGCACACAUUAUGACGUGAUCGGUCUGGAACCGAAUCGCACGUACAAUUUCCGCGUAAGAGCGGAGAACCAGUACGGUAUAUCCGACCCGUUGCAAGCUGACGAGCCGAUAACAGCCAAAUUCCCCUUCACGGUGCCGGAUCCCCCAGGACAGCCACGAGUCAUCGACUGGGACACCUCAAAUGCCACGGUAGUAUGGACGAGACCAUUAUCCGAUGGUGGCUCUCGCAUCCAGGGUUACAAGAUCGAAUUCCGCGAUCCCGCUGAGGACGUUCAGUGGCGCGUGGCGAACGACUAUCUCUUCAAGGACACCACGUACGUGUGCUAUGGUCUGAUGAGCGGCCACGAGUACGAGUUCAGAAUCCGCGCGAAGAACGCGGCCGGUUUCAGCAAGCCGAGCCCGCCGUCCGCGCCGUUCAGACUCAAGAGCAAGUUCAACGUGCCGUCGCCACCUGGCACGCCACAAGUCACCAAGGUCGGCAAGAAUUACGUUGAUCUGCGAUGGGAGCCGCCCGUGUCCGACGGCGGUAGCAGGAUCACCGGCUACGUGAUCGAGAAGCGCGAGGUGGGCAGCGCGAUGUGGUCCAAGUGCAACGAGUACAAUGUCGUCGAUACCGAGUACACGGUUAUGCAUCUGAUCGAGCGAGGUGACUACGAGUUCAGGAUCUUCGCGGUGAACGCGGCCGGCAGAUCCCAGCCGAGCUCGUGCACCACUCCGGUGAAAAUCUGCGAGGUCGAGGGUGGCGAGAAACCGGAGUUCAUCAGAAACCUGCCCAUCAGUCAGAUUAUACCGCUUGGCAAAAUGCUCGUUCUCGAAUGCGAAGCCACGGGUAAACCAUUGCCGACCGCCAGGUGGUUGAAAAACGGUCGCGAGAUCACUUUAGGCGGCCGCUUCCGCGCCGAAGCGAUAAACGGCAUCUACAGGCUGGUGAUAUCCGAAGUGUGGGACGCAGACGACGGCGACUACAGCUGCCAGAUCUCGAAUCCGCUCGGCGUCGCCGCGACCACGUGCAGGCUGAAGAUCGGCACACCGCCGCGCAUCGAGCGCAUGCCGGGCGAUCUCUACCUGCCGGAGGGCGAUAACACGAAGAUCAAGAUCUACUACAGCGGCGAUCAGCCGAUGGAAGUGAUUCUGAAGAAGGACGGUCGCCAGAUCAUGGAGACCACGCACAUCAAGUACACCGUGUUCGACGAGUAUCUCAUUAUCUUCAUCAAGGAUAUCCAAAAGGACGACGCAGGCAUUUACGAUCUCUCCAUCUCGAACGACAGUGGUAGCGUCAGCGCGUCCUUUAACGUGUACAUCACCGGACUGCCUGGACCGCCGAUCGGUCCGCUCGACGUUUCCGAUAUCGAUAAGCAUACGUGCACCCUGUCCUGGCAUCCGCCCAAGUACGACGGUGGUCUUCGGGUCACUCACUACGUGGUGGAGCGCCGCGACGUCAGCCACACGCACUGGAUCAUCGUGUCGUCCUUCUGCAAAGACACCACUUUCGUCGUGCAGGGUCUUACCGAGGGUCAGGAGUAUCUCUUCCGGGUGAUGGCCGCCAACGACAACGGCAUGGGCCCGCCGUUGGAGGGCACCAACCCGAUCAAGGCCAAGGCGCCGUUCGAUCCACCGGGACCACCCGGCACGCCCAAGGUCAUCGAAGUGGGUGGUGAUUUCGUCAAUCUUUCAUGGGAGAAACCGGAAACGGACGGUGGUGCUAAGAUCCAGGGUUACUGGAUCGAUAAGAGAGAGGUCGGCAGUCAGGCAUGGCAGCGUGUGAACGUUAGCAUCUGCCUACCGACGCAGAUUAAUAUCAGCAACUUGAUCGAAGGAAGGCAGUACGAAUUCCGCGUAUUUGCUCAAAACGCCGCAGGACUUAGUCCCGAAUCGAAGGCCUCGACCUCCGUGAAGAUCGUCGAUCCGCAAGCGGCGAAGCCUCCGGAGGUCAUUCAACCUCUCCAGAAGGUGAAUUGCGUCCAGAAUCACAACGCCCACUUCCAGUGCAAGAUCAUCGGCACGCCGAAACCAAACAUCACAUGGUUCAAGGGCGCUCGCGAGAUCGUGAGCGGUAGUCGCUACAACAUCUACUCCGAGGGCGAUACUCACAAUCUUAUUAUCCACGACGUGUUCGGCGAGGACGCCGACGAGUAUUUCUGCCGUGCGGCGAAUAAGUGCGGCGUGAAAUCCACCAAGGGCGAGCUCUUCAUCAAGACGCCGCCGAAGCUGAACGUGCCGCCGCGUUUCCGCGACACCGCCUUCUUCGACAAGGGCGUGAACGUCGUCAUCAAGAUUCCGUUUACCGGCUACCCGAAGCCAAAGAUCACGUGGGUGCGCGAGGGCGAGGUGAUCGAAUCCGGCGGACAUUACUCCGUCGAGGUAAAAGAGCGACACGCCGUGCUGACGAUACGCGACGGCAGCCGCUUGGAUUCCGGUCCGUAUCGCAUCUCCGCCGAGAACGAUCUCGGCCAGGACACAGCCAUCAUCAAGAUCCAGAUCAGCGAUCGUCCGGACCCGCCCAGGUUCCCGCAGGUGGAUAACAUCGGUCACGACUCGCUGGCGGUCAGCUGGAAGCCGCCGGUUUGGGACGGCGGCAGCAACAUCACCAACUACGUGGUGGAGAAACGCGAGCACCCGAUGAGCAGUUGGAUCCGUGCCGGCAACACCCGUUUCUGCACACUCGCGGUGACCGGCCUCAGCCCCGGACAGCAGUACGAUUUCCGGGUGUGCGCGGAGAACAUCUACGGGCGCUCGGAUCCGAGCGAGGUGACGCCGUUGAUCACCACAAAGAGCGUGAUCAAGCGCGAGUUCAAGAAGAAGGAGUACGAGGUGGACGCGAGCGGCAAGAAGAUACGCGGUCGCGAGGACGAGAAGCCGCACGACUACGACCAAUUUGUUUUCGACGUGUACAGCAAGUAUGUGCCGCAACCGGUCGAGAUCAAGCACACGUCAGUUUACGAUAAAUACGACAUCCUGGAGGAGAUCGGCACGGGCGCUUUCGGCGUGGUGCACCGCUGCCGCGAGAGGACCACCGGUAACAUCUUUGCCGCCAAAUUUAUCCCGGUGUCGCACGUGAUGGAGAAGGAGCUGAUCAGGAAGGAGAUCGACAUCAUGAAUCAGCUGCAUCAUCCCAAGCUGAUCAACCUGCACGACGCCUUCGAAGAUGAUGAUGAGAUGGUGCUGAUCUUCGAGUUCCUGUCCGGCGGCGAACUGUUCGAGAGGAUCACGGCCGAAGGUUACACCAUGUCCGAGGCGGAAGUCAUUAACUACAUGAGGCAGAUCUGCGAAGGUGUCAAGCAUAUGCACGAGAAGAACAUCAUCCACCUUGAUAUCAAACCCGAGAACAUCAUGUGUCAAACUCGCAACAGCACGAAUGUGAAACUAAUCGAUUUCGGUCUGGCUACUAAACUCGACCCGAACGAGGUAGUGAAAAUUAGCACGGGCACGGCCGAGUUUGCCGCCCCCGAGAUUGUCGAACGUGAGCCGGUCGGUUUUUACACCGAUAUGUGGGCCUGUGGUGUACUGGCUUAUGUUCUAUUGAGCGGUCUUUCGCCAUUCGCCGGUGACAACGACAUCGAGACCUUGAAGAACGUGAAGGCAUGCGAUUGGGACUUCGACGAGGAGGCAUUCCGCGACGUUUCCGAGGAGGGCAAAGAUUUCAUCAGGCGGCUACUUGUCAAAAACAAAGAGAAGCGCAUGACUGCGCACGAGUGUCUACUUCAUCCAUGGUUGACCGGCGAUCAUAGCAAGUGGACCAAUCCAAUCGCCAACAGUCGUUACCUCAGCAUCAGAGACAGAUUGCGUGCCAAGUAUGAGAACUGGGACAAGUAUGUCCUUCCCAUCGGCCGCCUAGCCGAGUACUCGUCGCUCAGGAAACUUUUAAUCGAGAAAUACAGAAUUUACGAUUCUUGCUUCGAUCGCCGACAAGCGGCACCUAGAUUCGUCAUCAAACCGCAAAGCGCGUUCGCCUAUGAAGGACAGAGCGUGAAAUUCACUUGUCGCGUGAUCGCCAUCGCGGCACCGACUCUAUCUUGGUCGCAUAACAACCAGGAGCUACGACAAUCCGUUAAAUUCAUGAAGCGAUACCACGGCGACGAUUACACCUUUAUUAUUAACAGAGUCAAGUUGGAGGACAGAGGGGAGUACAUUAUACGUGCGGAGAAUCAUUAUGGCUACCGCGAGGAAGUCGUCUUUCUCAACGUACAACCACUGCCGAGAGAAAUUCCGAAGUACAGGCCCGAGCUGCAUCCUGUACGCAGACGAGAACCGCUUGGCUACAACGUGUGGCUGGAGACGAUCGAGUCGGCGCCGAACUUCACGUUCCUACUGCGACCACGUGUCAUACAGAUCAGGCAGACUUGCAAGCUGCUCUGCUGCCUGAGCGGCAAUCCACCUCCCACUGUGAAAUGGUACAAGGACAGGGAAGAAUUAUCCAAGUACAAUUAUCCCAUGAGCAACGCCGACGGUGUCGUCACGAUGGAGAUCGUUGACUGCAAGCCGGAGGACAGCGGCAAAUAUCGUUGCGUGGCUACCAACAAACACGGCAAAGACGAGACUAGUUGCGUAGUCAUCGUAGAAGGCACUGGAGAAACGGAGGAACAAGUAAAAUUAGUGCACGACCUCCUACAUUCCGGAGAUCGAAGGUUCAUCGAGCAACCGCUGAAGCCGGCACCACCGCCGAUCGUGACAGUUCACAAGUCUAGCGGUUAUAGCGGCUACAGUUCCACAACCCAACAAAAUUCCACGAUCUCCUCUUAUAAGGACAGCUCCAGUGUCAAAGUUAACGACUCGUCUGACAAACGAAGCAUAAAGAAGUACGGCUCGAAGCUCGACACUACCGGCAGUCCAUCUCGAUCCAGAAGCGCCACAAAAGAACUCACCCUGCCCUCGGACGAUUCGAUGAGACCGCCGCAGUUCACUCAAAAGCUGAAGAAUCUCACGAUCAACGAUGGCGAACAUUUGGAACUCACGGCCAAAGUCGAUGGCGAUCCGGAGCCGCAAAUUACUUGGAGUAAAAACGGCAAGAUGCUGAGCUCGUCAGAGGUCGUCGAUCUCAAAUACAAGAACGGAGUGGCCAUUCUCACGAUCAACGAGGUAUUCCCCGAGGACGAAGGCGAGUAUGCGUGUCUCGCGACCAACAGCAUCGGCAGCGACACGACAUCCUGCAAACUGACUAUAAAACCCGUGGAGAACGCCGCCGGGAAGAAGCAGGGCGACGACAAAUCGCCGAAGAUCGUCGACCACCUGACGAGCAAGUACGUGAAGGACGGCGAGGCUGUGACACUCAGCUGUCGAAUAAUCGGCGCGAAGAAGUUCGACGUGGUGUGGCUGCACAACAACAAGGAGAUCAAGCCCAGCAAGGACUUCCAGUACACCAGCGAGGCUAACAUCUACAAGCUAAUCAUCGCCGAGAUAUUCCCCGAGGACUCCGGCACUUACACGUGCGAAGCUUUCAACGACGCAGGAGAGAGCUACUCGUCGUGCACGUUAAGCGUACUCGCUCCAAACGAAGAGCCGAAAAGCCCAGCGUUCGCGACAUUCCCGCAGUCUGCAACAGUGAGUGAAGGCGAGUCGGUUACUUUCACGUGCAAGACUGAUACCGCGCCUUUGAAAGUGACUUGGUUGAAGGAUGGCAAGGCGAUCCCCGAGACGAGCAGCAGAUACCACUUCAGCUCGGACGGCAGCACGUCCUUCGAGUUCGGCAUCAAGGCUUGCACAGCCAGCGACGUCGGUCAAUACUUGGCGCGUGCGAUCGGCCAGAAGGGCGAGACAAACUCGGCGUUCGCUCUCAACAUCGUCAAUCCCGGCGAGCUGUGAAAAUCGAUCUUGGUACCGGGUUACACGUCGAUUAUCAUCGCGGUCGACGAUCGAAUCGGAGCAUCUCUGACAUACAUUCUUCGCGGAGAACACGUUUCUGGAUCGUUUCGCGAAUAUCAAUGGGCGCACGUGUAUACCUCGGUGGGUCUCGUAUUUAUCCGAAUACGUUCUCCAAAAGGAUCUGUAUCUCCUCCGCUCUCGCACGCGUCCGACUUGUGGACGAUCGUUGCCGCGCCUUCCACACUCUCGCCUUUCUGCUUUUCGUGAAAUUUAACCGGAAUGCACGCGAUGCGAGCGAAGAGUCGAGCCGGAGCGGCUCGGCCGCAGCGAACAUUUUUAGAGUAUGUGACGUCCUUAUAUAACAGAAAAGAAGAGAGAACUGGAGGACUAAUUAUUUAUCUCUUUCUCUCUCUCUCGCGUAUUCUAUAUGUAAAUUAUUCUGGAACGCUGUAUUUUCUUCCUGUGUGUUUGUCAUGAUGUCGCAUGAUCCGCGCGAAUCGUCGGGAUCGCGGCUCGCUGUCGCGACGAGAAUCCGAAUUCGCCGUCUCCGCAACAAGCAUUACGGAUAGCACGCGCAACUACUACUACUACUACUACGCUAAAAUUAUCGGCUUUGCUGUAUUACACGACUCGGCACACAUUCGAGUACACGCAUCUACUUAACGGGCAUAUCACGAGUGUGGCAUCCAAAAAAAAAAGAGAAAAGGGAAAAAACGGGCAUCUCGUGGGAUGUCGACGCCCGCGAAAGCGAUUUUCCCGGCGAGACUGCCAGCAUCCUCAAAAAAAGAAACAUCCGAACAUACGUUUUUAAUACCAUCCAAGAAUCUCGCCGGGGGAAUCUCUCGAUGGCGUUAGGAGUACGCAAGUGUUGUUACUGUCGCGAUGUGCCCUCCUAUUCCAUGUUAAUGGUACGCACCGUCGUGUUUUACUUGUUUGAAGACUGCUUCCGUCAAAAAAUUUACGAUAAAAUGAAACAUACAAUUUAAAAUGA